UCCGCAUGCCCGACAAGACAAAAAGGACAAGAGCCACGCUCCGAUUUCUGCGAAACUUACGGCCCAUAUGCUGUCAGUGGCUGGGGCAGAUCACAUCAUCACCGUGGACCUGCACGCCUCUCACCUCCAGGGAUUCUCUGACAUCCCGGUGGAUAAUUUGUACGCAGAGCCCGUGGUCCUGCAGUGGAUCCGGGAGAACACUGCCGAGUGGGACAACUGUAUCAUAGUUUCACCUGACGCCGGGGGAGCCAAGAGGGUCACCUCGAUUGCGGACAGGCUGAAUGUGGAAUUUGCCCUGAUUCACAAAGAGAGGAAGAAAGCAAACAAAGUGGACCGGAUGGUUCUGGUGGGCGACGUGAAGGACCGCGUGGUCAUCCUCGUGGACGACAUGGCUGACACGUGUGGCACCAUCUGCCACGCCACGGACAAGCUACUCUCAGCUGGAGCCACCAAAGUUUAUGCUGUCCUCACACACGGGAUCUUCUCUGGGCCAGCUAUUUCCAGAAUAAAUAAUGUCGCCUUUAAGGCUGUUGUGGUCACAAACACCAUUCCGCAGGAGGACAAAAUGAGACACUGUCCCCAGAUUCAGGUUACUGAUAUCUCGAUGAUCUUGGCAGAGGUGAUCUGAAGAACACGCAACGCUGAA